CAAUAUCACAUGGGAAUCUUUCAAUUAAAAUAAUCCCCUAUGUGCUUUCUUCCACCAUAUAAAAUUCAUCAAAAACUUCAUCACUGUUUAUUGAAAGAGCUACAAUGGAAGAAGAACUGGUUAUUAUGCCAAGAAGGAAACUAGGAUCACAAGGUCUUGAAGUAUCAUCAAUCGGUUUAGGAUGCAUGGGUAUGUCCCCAUUACACGGGUCCCCAAAACCCGAAAAAGAAAUGAUUCAAGUAAUCCAAAUCGCCAUUGAAUCCGGCAUCACAUUUCUUGAUACUUCUGAUCUCUAUGGCCCUCAUACAAACACUAUCAUCAUCAGCCAGGCUCUCAAGGGGCCCCAUACGAGACAAAAAGUACAACUCGCCACCAAAUUUGGGAUCAAGUCACUCUCCGGUGAUAAAAAGAUGGUGGUUUCCGGCGAUCCUGUGUAUGUGAAAGAAGCUUGUGAUGCUAAUUUGAAGCAACUUGGAAUCGAUUGUAUUGAUCUUUACUAUGUUCAUCGUAUUGAUACAACCAUUCCUAUUGAAAUCACGAUGGGGGCAUUGAAGGAAUUAGUGGAAGAAGGUAAGAUAAAAUACAUAGGGCUUUCGGAAGCUUCACCAGAAACUAUUAGAAGGGCACAUAAAGUUCAUCCAAUAACAGCUGUUCAAUUAGAAUGGUCGUUGUGGACAAGAGAUGCUGAAGAAGAAGUGAUUCCUACUUGUAGAGAGCUUGGAAUUGGGAUAGUUCCGUUUAGUCCUCUAGGAAAGGGGUUCUUUUCAAAGGGUCCGAAGGUGGUUGAGAACUUUGCAAGUGACGACUUCCGAAGGCAUCUACCUAAAUUUCAGGGUGAAAAUUUGGAAAACAAUAAGAUUGUAUACGAAAGGGUGAAUGACAUGGCAAGAAAGAAGGGAUGCACCCCGUCUCAGCUGGCGCUGACAUGGCUCCUACACCAAGGGGACGAUGUUUGUCCUAUACCUGGUACAACAAAAAUCGACAACCUUAAACAAAACAUUGGAUCGGUUUGUGUAAAAUUAACGAAUGAAGACAUGUGUGAGCUUGAAUCUAUUGCCGCAGAUGUGAAAGGCGAUAGGUAUUCACCUGCAGUAAUGCAAGACACGUGGAAAUAUGCAAACACUCCACCAUUGUCAUCUUGGAGAAGUGGAUGAAUCUUGGAGGACUUGUUUAGACUAUACGAAAGAUUCUAUGUUUGACUAUUACUUUUUGAACUUUUAAUUAUCGAUUUGAUCAUAGUUUUAUAUGUUUUGAUUAACAACAAAUUAAGAUUAAGGGUAUUUUCGUCAUUUACAACCAUUUUGAUUUAGGUAACACCGGUUUGGAUGUUGAAAAACUUCUUUUCAGUUUUCACAUGUUUACAAAUUAGGUGGUAUAUUUUUAAAAGAGAUAGUGAAUAUGGAGCAUUUAUAUACUUAAAGCAUAAAUAUAGAACCACUAAAACAAUUUAUGAAUUUAACUUAACAUAAUCAUUAAGCUAACUAACUGCAUAUAUCAAAUCUCCACUUUUACCGAUUAAAUAAUAAGUCCAAUUUCAUUGUUUAAGAACAUCACUUAUUUCCAACUUAAAUCUGGAUAUUUUAGCUAAUAUUAACCAGUAAUUAUAACAAGGAUAAUCAAUUUAUCUACAUUCUAUCAGGAUAUCAGCACUAGGUUAAACGCUAGUUUCACCGAUUUAACUAAUUCAUGGAAUUAACAAACCCUACCUUUGAUUUCGGGUUUUUAAUCUUUCAUAAUACUCCAAAUCAGCAAGAAUUCCUAGGCUCCGGUUCCAAUGGAACCUUAAUUCCGGAAACACAGUGACCACAUUAGCCAAAAGUUUGAAAUAAUAGAAUUAGGAUACUUGUACCGUAGUUUCGAGUCAAGAAAACAAGUAGGAGGCUGAUUUGGGUAUGAAAACUGGUGGUCGAACCCCCACCGUCGCGAC